AUGGACGAAAAGAGAACGCUCGUUGAGUUAGGGAAGGAGAUGGGACUCACUGGAGAGGCCUUGCAGGUAUGGGUUAGCGCAGAACAGAAGGAUAUGAGGGAUCAGCGAGCUAAGGAGCGGGAAGAAGCGAGGGUAGCGGCGCAGGAGGAACAUACGCGAGAGUUAGCGCGUAUGGAGGCGGAACGGGCGCUCCUCGAAGAGCGAAGGCGUGUCUUGGAGGCAGAGCGUUCGAGUCCGAGAGUCGUAGGCAAUGAAACAGGUGGUGGUCAGGGUUUUCGCAGCCCCCAUAAGAUGAUUCCUCCCUAUGACGAGGGUAGGGAUGAACUAGAUGCCUACAUACAAAGGUUUGAAAGAGUGGCGUCUAGUCAAGGUUGGCCACAAGACAAGUGGGCCUUAUCGUUGAGUCUUUGUCUGACGGGCGAAGCGCUAACGGCAGUAGGUCGGAUGUCCGCGGAAGACGCUACCGAUUAUGCCAAGCUGAAGCAGACGCUACUGCAGCGGUUCCGCUACACGGAAGAAGGAUACCGUGUAAAGUUCCGCGAUGCGAAGCCUGAAAAUGCUGAGACAGCACGACAGUUUGCCGGUCGUCUUCUAGGCUAUUUUGACCAUUGGCAAGAGUUAGCCAAGACACCGAAGUCGUAUGAAGCGCUGCGAGACAAGAUCGUGUCGGAGCAGUUUCUAGGCAGCUGCGAGGAAAAGUUGGCGAUUUUUCUGAAGGAAAGAGCGUGUCAUAACCUAGACACACUGGCCACGACAGCCGACCAUUACCUGGAAGCUCAAGGCAUCAUAAAUCUUGCUAGAGGCAAGGAAGGUAAAGAAGAGAAGGGGAAGUCGCCAGGCCAUUAUGAAGCAGCUGUGACGACAGAGAGCAAAGGGAAACCUGUCUGCUUUCUUUGCAAGAAGCCGGGGCACAAAGCUUCCGUCUGCUGGACCAGAUCUAGGGCACCGAAGCCGUCACCAUGCUGGAAGUGCAAGAAGCCUGGUCAUAGCGCCGACACGUGCUCUAUUGGCUCUGGGAGACGUGAAGCUUCAUGCUCUGUUCUAAGACAGGAAGAAUUGCAGAAUGAGCAGAAAAAACAACGGAAGCCUGCCCAUACAAGUGCAUGCAAAAGUCAUGGGAUGCUGGAUGUUGCCCAGAGCUGUACAACCUGUUGUGGAGGAUGGAAACAGAUGCCGACGGUCACGGGUCGUCUGGAAGGCAACUUGGUGACUGUCCUCCGAGAUACCGGCUGCAACACGGUUGUAGUAAAACGCUCACUGGUUCCCGACACCAAGCUAACUGGCAACACACGCAUUAUACGCUUACUAGACCGGUCGGAAAAGUGUCUGCCAGAGGCCGACGUAUUUAUUGAUUCACCGUUUUUCAGGGGAGUUGCUCGUGCUGUUUGCAUGGAGAACCCUCUGUACGAUGUUAUCCUUGGCAACAUCGAAGGUGCUGUCCCGAUUGCAGAUCCUGAUUUGAAGCAAACAGAUUCACCGAGUGAGAAAGUGACAGAGACAGCGACAAAGCGUAGCAAAUCAAAGGAAGUGACGGUUGCUACAGGAAAGAGGGGAAAACUGCAAAACUUACCCGCACCGCAAGUUGACCCCUUAAACGUCAGCCCGGAAGAACUUCGGCAAUUGCAGAGCACGGAUCAGACACUGGAGGCUUGUUUCCAAGCAUUGAGCCAAACAACGACGUCCAAGAAACGAGCUACUACCAAGUUCGUGCUGGUCCAUGGCAUCCUUUUCCGGCAUUACCAGACUGCGGAACAGCGACACUUCGAACAACUGGUGGUUCCGAAGAAGCUACGCGCCACAGUAAUGAAGAUGGCACACGAGGGAUUGCUCGCUGGACAUCAGGGGCAAAAGAGGACAGUAGACCGUGUCCUUGAGGAGUUUUAUUGGCCUGGAGUGCAAGCGGAUGUCACACGCUUUGUAAAGUCGUGUGACAUGUGUGAACGAACAGUGCCGAAGCACCUCGUGGGUCGUGUUGAUCUGAGUAAUAUGCCCAUAAUCGAAACUCCAUUCCAUCGGGUUGCGAUUGAUCUUAUCGGUCCUUUUACCCCAACUUUUGAAAAAGGAAAUAGAUACGUUCUAACGAUGGUAGACCUUGCCACGCACUACCCAGAUGCGGUAGCCUUGCCGAGUAUUGAAACGGAGCGGGUAGCGGAAGCGCUACUGGAAAUGUUCGCUCGCGUUGGGGUCCCGCGCGAAAUAGUGAGUGACCGUGGCAAGUCUUUCGCGUCUGGCCUUAUACAAGAACUGAGACGACUACUGUCAGGUCGACAACUGCCCACAAUGCCUUAUCACAGCAUGGUGAACGGGCUUGUUGAAAACUUCAAUGGGACACUCAAGCAGAUGAUUCGGCGAAUGUGUCAGGAGUGCCCUAAACAAUGGGACAGGUAUUUGACUCCACUACUGUUUGCGUAUCGUGAGGUCCCACAAACGAGCCUUGGCUUUUCGCCAUUUGACCUCCUGUACGGACGAUUCGUACGUGGCCCAAUGGCCGUCCUUAAGGAAUUGUGGACAGGCGACCACCUCGAUGCUGAGAUCAAGAGCAUGUACGGAUGUGUCGUCGAGAUACAAAAGAGAUUGCCGAACACCUGCAAAAUAACUCAUGAAGAGCAUCAGAAGGCAAAAGCUUCCCAGAAGAAAUACUACGACAGGAAGUCAAGACUUCGACAGCUGUCUGCAGGCGAGAAAGUGCUGCUGCUGCUUCCAUCGGACAGGAAUAAACUUAUCCUCACAUGGAAAGGUCCCUUCACAGUCGUCGAAAAACGCAGCGACUGUGAUUAUCUAGUUGACCUGGGGUCGCGAGUUAGCUUAUUUCACGCUAACCUCCUCAAAAGAUAUGAGGAAAAGGAAACACAACCCCGUUACCGAUAG